UCUGAAUGUGGGUAGGAGGGCUGGAAAGAGCGGGUAACAAGAGGAAGGAAAGAUUUAUGAUUAAUUAAAGGCAGAAGCUAUAACAGCGCUGUGUUCGAACAGUCCAGCGCACAGCACUGAAAAGUUGUUUGGCAUCUGUAACAGGAAAGAGAUGAUUAAAAAGAUGCUGCUGUAACUUCAGGCUGUUACACUGGAAAUCUGCUGAUACAAGAAAUACAGGUUCCUGCUGCACGUCUUGUGGUCUCAGGUGUUCACGUGGAGAAAUACCUGCUAUUUACUUCGGGCAGACGUGCUGUAAUGGCACAUCUGUUCAUUUCCUGCUGCUUCCUGUUUACAAUGCUCACUGGCUGAUGCUGAUUUGACUUUAGAAGCUGCAGGUGCGACAUGUUUACGUUGUACUCUGUGCCGAGGAGGAAGUUAAGGUUAUACAUGAAACUCCAAGUUUUUCUCAGAGGUCUCAGAUGUGUAACUAACAGCCAAGGAAACAAAGGACCUACCACAUGUUUUUAUACUUUACACAGUAUCAGUGAAUGUGAAAGAUGUAUUCUCACAAAAAAAUCAUAUCUUGCAAAUUUACAAACUCAUUUUACUGAAAGUACAAAGUGUGAUCAGUACAAACUCUGAGGAUUAAAGAUCAACCAAACCAAAAACCAGCUUUCUCUUUUGUCUUGUCACUCAUUCACUGAGGGAGAGUGUUUUGUCUGCACGUUGAGUCAAGCGUCACUGAGCUCUCCCUGACAGAUGUGCACCAUGGACAGUUUGUAGCGGCCAUGCCCUUCCACAUCUGUAAGCCUUAUUUGAGGUCAGCCGUUAGCACGCACACUCUGACACACAGAGCAUUGUCUUAUCUCGUGCCCCCAGAGUGCGUGGUUGGCAGAUAUACAGCAGAGUGACGCAGCGACACGGAGUUUCCUUCUUUAUUCAGAGCUCCGUUUUCUUAAAAUAAUCCAAGUUGGAUCAGCCAAAAAACAAACUUAAACUUAAUUCUCAAAAGGAUUAAUCCACAAUUCUCCAAAUGACACUUUGCCCACGCUGAAAAAUGUCUUUAAUCUGCCCAAACGGAAGGUUUAGAAACUUUAACCGUCUGUGUUUUCAAAUUUGUGGUGGCGUUGGUGGAUGUGGAACUGGAUAAGAGGACAUUCACCCUGAAGACGUGCGUUUGCCUCUGUAAUCUCUCAUCAUCCUGCCCCCAGUGGAUGCUUUGGAUUAUGGGUGAAAACAUGAGAGAGUUUUCAUAAUUCGUGGUGGGGCUUAUGUCACCCUUUUCAGCAUUAAAAGCACGGAAAGCCCCAAAUUCCUCUGAAACGGAGCAAACGGAGCCUCCGGGCUUUGCAUGCAAACAUGGCUUAAAAUACAAUAAGUGGAAGAGAGGGAACAAAAUUGAGCACAUAAACAGUAAAAGGUAUAAUAAUCAAACGUGGAGUCCGUACUUUAUAGGCAGCACAGUCAGCUUAGGCUUUGUCCAUGUUGUCUGCUCCUGAACGUGAUCAUAGUGAUUUCAGGCAUAAUGAAGACAGUUGCCAGGCAGCUAAGUGGGAGGCCAUUUGUCACUUUACUAUAAGUAGUCAUUACGGUCAUGCAGGCCAUGAUAAAUGGGAUGAUGUCAUUCUGCAGUCAGUCCAAACUGCCAGCUCUUUUUUUUUUCGUGCUUGUCCGACUUUAAUGAGCCAGCAUUUAAAUGUCUCUUUGAAAUUUAAAGUCAUCCCACAUGUCCCCAGAAUGGAUGGAUGGCAAACAGACAAGCAAGGACAGCCUUUUCUGUACUUACACAUCUCUGUCAUGCUUGUGCAGUAAAUGUGAAGCCUUAGCAUGGUGCAUUUUUGCUCAUAAACUCAGUGUCUUUUGCAUUAAUGGCAAAAUAUCAUCAGUGUACGUCAGAAAAAACAGAACAUAAAAGCACUCUAUACUUGCUGGGAGGCAAGUAGCUUCGCAUGAAAAACAUGAAGGCUUGAAGUGAUGGGAAAUGUUAUUUUCUUAUUUACCUCCACAACUCAUUGAAUCUGAUGGUAUUUUUUACAUAAAGUAUAGCUGUUGAGGUCUGAGCCAUCAGGGUCACCUGAGUUGACGAGUAACACCAUUUCAUAUCUGUCUGGGAAUCCCCACUGCUAGCUGGAUGUGAAGAAGCAUCCUGGAGUCUCGACCGAGUAGAUAAAAAAAGUACCUGGGACCAGAUAAUACCACUUAACGGAAAAUCGUAAAAACUGCGUCGAGCGAUCUGUAAUGAAAAGGGCUAUAGAUCGUUUGCUUCAAAUAACUCGAGCAAGACCAGUGACCUUUGUUUUGGUACUUUUCUAUAAUAGGGUCUGAAUGGCUGGAAGUCUUCACACACGUAAACUGUUUUCACACAUGAACUUCAGACAGAGUCAGGAGAAUCAUUGUCCAAAGAAACCUUUUCUCAUAUGCGGCACACAGCAUGCUUCAGUGCUGUUUCAAAUCACAUCAACACAGAGACUUUGUACUAGUUAGUGUUGCUGGGUAAUGACUAGAAAAGUUCACAGCUGCAGGACAUGCAUGGAAAAAGUUACAGAAACAUUCAUGCUUUUCCACAAAAUGAAUCCUGAUGACCUUUCAAUUCAAUUCACUUCGAUUUAAUUUACAUUAAAUCACAACAACAGUCAUCUCAAGCUGCUUUAUACUGAAGGUAAAGAUCCUGCAACAAUACUGAGAAAACCCCAACAAUUUGGCAACCCCCCUGUGAGGCAAGCACUUUGGUGACAGUGGGAAGGAAAAACUCCCUUUUAACAGGAAGAAACCUCCGGCAGAAUCAGGCUCAGGGAGGCCAUGUGCUUCGACCGGCUGAGGUGAGGACAGGAAGACGGGGCAAAGACAUGCUGUGGAAGAGAGACAGAGAUUAAUAAUAACUAAUAAUUAAAUGUAGAAAACACACAGAGAGUGAAGAAGAAACACUCAGUGCAUCAUGCGAACCCCUCCCAGCAGCCCAGACUUAUUGUAGCAUAACUAAGGGAGGGUUCAGGGUCACCUGACUGAGCCCUGACUAACGCGUUAUCAAAAAGGAAGGCUAAUCGUAAAAGCAGAGAGGAUGUCUGUCCCAAAUCACAUUUAACAUUUCAGUGAAAUCCCUGCACAACUCUAUAUAUUACCAUAUAGCAUAAAAGCUUGGAAAGCGAUAGCAGGCCCACCUCUGACCACAUCAGACAGAGCUGGACUCGCUUCCUUUUUUUUUCCUGACUUGUACGUAAUGCAGAGAAAUGUGCUUGAUAUGCUGACUGUGUCAUGGCUUAUCUUGCACCUAACAUCACACUGAGUAUUAACCAAGUUUGAAUUCACACAACCUCUUUCAAAAUGUGUCUUCUUUUUACGAGUGUUGAACUCCAAAUUUACUUCAAUUUACUGAUCUUGGAUAAAGGAGAAGUAAAGUAGCUCUGUGGACUCUUUUUUUCCCCCCAGUCGAUUUCAUAACCAGCUGACACAACAGUGAACCCACCUGUGACCGGACUCUUGGACCUGACAAACUUUUCCAUCAUAAAAAUGACAUUAAUAGCUCAGUAACGGGCAGGUGAAGUGCGUCAAACCAAAAACACUGUGGUCAUACUUACUGAAAAUCGAGAAACCAUCUUUCUUGUCGUCACACUUGUUGUUUGCAAUUUGAAAGCGAUCAGUCAGCCUGUGCAGUGUCGUCACUGUGCAGCGUUUUGUGUGUUUAGAAACCGAGAGAAGCGGUGGAAACAGCUCGAGUCGGUGCUCUGGAAAGAACUGCGGGUUAGACGGCAGGGUAACACAGAAAGCAGCUUAUAAAGUAAAACGCAGUAAACAGUGUGUGUUUCUACUUCGUCAUGGGUGCAGGGUAAGAGGAAGAGGGACUUCUAUGCCAGAGCUUUAGGAUGGCCAGUGAAGGCUCCACUAUCCCCAGUCCUGUCGUCCGCCAAAUUGACAAGCAGUUCUUGAUCUGCAGCAUAUGUCUGGACCGCUACGAGAACCCCAAAGUCCUGCCCUGCCUGCACACCUUCUGUGAGCGGUGCCUGCAGAAUUAUAUCCCGGCCCACAGCCUCACACUGUCGUGCCCCGUGUGCCGCCAGACCUCAAUCCUGCCGGAGAAGGGUGUGGCGGCGUUGCAGAAUAACUUCUUCAUCACCAACCUGAUGGACGUGCUGCAGCGGGCGCCGGGCAGCUGCAGCCAAGAGGCCGCCGCUCUCAACAACAUCACCACUGUGGCUACAGGCCAGCUACUCUCCUGCCCAAACCAUGGAGGCAGCGUGAUGGAGUUUUACUGUCCUCCGUGUGAGACAGCCAUGUGUCAGGAGUGCACGAGCGGCGAACACGGAGAGCACCCGACCGUGCCUCUUAAAGACGUAGUGGAACAGCACAAGGCCUCCUUGCACCACCAGCUAGAUGCUGUUAAGAAGAGGUUACCAGAGAUCGACUCAGCCCUGCAGACGCUGUCAGAGAUUCUUCAGCAGCUGACCAAUCAGAAGAGCGCCAUCGAGGACGACAUCCACGCGACCUUCGAUGAGCUGCAGAAGACCCUCAAUGUCCGCAAGAGCGUUCUACUCAUGGAGCUGGAGGUCAACUAUGGCCUCAAGCAAAAGGUGCUCCAAGCCCAGCUGGACACCCUGCUGCAGGGCCAAGAGGGCAUCACCAGUAGCUGCAACUUCACGGAGCAGGCCUUGAGCCAGGGCACCGAGGCCGAGGUGCUGCUGGUGAAGAAGCAGAUGGGCGAGCGUCUCGUCGAGCUGGCCAGCCAGGAGCUUCCGCUGCAGCCCGGAGAGAACAACCAGCUGGACUUCCUCGUAGAAACGGAAGGGCUAAAAAAGUCCAUCCACAACCUGGGCACUAUUGUGACCACCAACGCCGUUGCCUCCGAGACUGUGGCGACAGGCGAGGGGCUGCGGCAUUGUGUGGUAGGCGUGCCCACCUCCAUCACCAUCACUACUAAGGACAAAGAUGGAGAGCUGUGCAAGAUGGGCAACGCAGUCAUCGCCGCUGAAAUGUUUUCGCCUGACGGCAGCAAGUGUGACGGAGACGUGCUCGACAACAAGAACGGCACUUAUGAGUACCUGUUCACAGCUCCUAAAGAGGGCACGUGUACUUUAUCUCUGCGCUUAUAUGACCAACACAUCAAAGGGAGCCCCUUUAAGAUAAAGGCCACCAAAUCCAUUGACGUGUCACCGACUUCAGACGGCGUUAAGAAGAGGCUCAAGUCUCCAGGCAGCGGACACGUCAAGCAGAAGGCCAUCAAGAGGCCGGCCAGUAUGUACAGCACAGGGAGGAGGAAAGAGAAUCCCAUUGAGGACGACCUUAUCUUCAGAAUCGGCACAAAGGGAAGAAACAAAGGGGAGUUCACGAACCUGCAGGGAGUGGCUGCCUCCUCUCAGGGGAAGGUGCUGAUAGCAGACAGCAACAACCAGUGUGUGCAGAUUUUCUCCAACGACGGCCAGUUCAGAAGUCGUUUCGGCAUCCGGGGCAGGACUCCGGGUCAGCUGCAGCGGCCGACAGGUGUGGCCGUGCACCCCAACGGCGACAUCAUCAUCGCGGACUAUGACAACAAAUGGGUCAGCAUCUUUUCGAGCGAGGGCAAGUUUAAGAACAAGAUCGGCUCGGGGAAGCUGAUGGGUCCUAAAGGCGUGUCGGUGGACAGAAACGGCCACAUCAUCGUGGUCGACAACAAGUCCUGCUGCGUCUUCAUCUUCCAGGUCAACGGCAAGCUGGUCACCAAGUUUGGUAACCGUGGCAACGGUGACAGGCAGUUUGCAGGUACACUCAAUGGCCCUCACUUUGCUGCUGUCAACAACAACAACGAGAUCAUUGUGACAGAUUUCCACAACCACUCAGUCAAGGUGUUCAACACAGAAGGAGAAUUCUUGCUGAAAUUUGGCUCCAAUGGUGAAGGCAAUGGCCAGUUCAACGCCCCCACAGGAGUGGCGGUGGACGUCAAUGGAAACAUCAUAGUAGCCGACUGGGGCAACAGCAGGAUACAGGUGUUUGAUGGCAGCGGUUCAUUCCUCUCUUACAUCAACACGUCAGCAGACCCCCUCUACGGCCCGCAGGGACUGGCGCUCACUUCAGACGGACACGUCGUGGUCGCCGAUUCUGGCAACCACUGCUUCAAAGUCUACCGCUACCUGCAGUAGCCACUCGACACAAAGCCUGUACAGUGUACAUAUGUACAAACACGCAGUAGUACGGAGCAACUGGAAGUUUUUUGCACUCCCCCCCCACCUGUUCACUCUUGAAUCUUGCUGUCAUUGUGCCAUCUGUUUGACCUUUCUCCCUCCCCAAACUAACACGAGAGACUUUAUUAGUGGUGCGAGGGAAGCGAGAUGACCUCUGACCUACACGAAUGGCUGCUGCUGAUUGGUGCUCACUUGAGACCUCGUUCACCUUCCAUCUUAAUGUGGAGUAUUUGAAAAGGCUUUAAUGCGGUCCACAUGGUAGAGCUUUGAACUGCCACAUGGCUGAAAAUAAAUAAAUACUUUUGCACUUGUUCCUCAAAUCACUGGCUGUAUUAAGUAAAGUCAUAAUUAAAGUAAAAGGUACCUUAGUCACCUGAGAAAUAAUGAAAUUCCAUCUAUAGCAGCAGUGACUACAGCUUCCUGCUAAAUGCUCUGAAGGAUUUUUACAUUUUGCCUCUUCACUAUAAGUGUUCCACCCUCUGUAGGUAUAGCAGGGUAUUUAAGAGCAUGAUUAAGAUGUUUUUGUGCAUGCGGUUUUUACUUAAACACCUUGAACUGUGCGUAUGAAACAGUUUCCAGCUGAACACCUUCUAACAGAGACGCUGUUUCACUUAUAUUUGAAUGUGAAAGCUCUUCAGUGAGCUGUGUCAUCACUUUGAAUUAAAAAAAAAACCCAGUAUGCUGACAAGUGCGGCUGUAUGAAUUAAGGGUACCAAACAUAAGCCACCUGAUAUGCUUCUGCUGUGUAUGAUGCCUCUUAACAUUUCUGCUGUGAUCGUGUGCAGACCCCUCGAGUUGCAGAAUUUGAAUGAAAAGCUAAAUACUUGGAAUGAACUCGGCAGGAUGCAUCCUAUUAAGUUUAGAUUGAAAGGUUUCUUCAUCACGCUGAAAGUAGAGGUGCAGAACUGCGAUCACCGUCACUCCUCCAUGUGCUCUCAUAACUUCAGAUAAAUCUAUAGAGUGAUUAACAGAUUGUGUUUUAGCAACACAUAAUUUGUCUACCUUCACAAUCAGCAAUAGAAAGUUUGGCAGUCGAGGUGUACGUUAAGUGAUAAUGCACUGUGUUCCUAUUAGAAAGCCUUGUUUGUCUUCAAGCACACAACUGUCAUUAUUUGUUAUCCAGAAUCGGGUCAUCGAUUUUCUACACGAUCUUGUAAAUUGUUUGUUUUCCAUUGUCCUGUUUAUAUUUGUAAUGCCAAAUGGAAUUAAAGUGCCCAUAGAAAUGAA